GCAAUGAUUCAUCUACUCAUAUUAAUUUAUUUCUCCGGUUUGAUCCCGUGUCAUGGAUUCAAUGAAGCUGAAUUUAUGAAUAAGUUUGCGAACAUGGAAAAAAGACUAUCAGAAGUCGAGGAUAGAGAGAUAGCGUUGACACAACAGCUGCUCACACAAACAGCAGAGAUAGAUGCUUUGAGGGCCACCGUGGCGAGACAAGAAGCAAGAAUCGCCUUGCUAGAGUCAACCGAUUAUGAAUCCAAUUAUAAACAUGCGACGGAACCUGAUGUCUCCGAUACUGACGAAGUUGGGCAACAAGAAUUAAAACAUUUAGAAAGCGAUUGGAGUGACCACAAGGACAUCGCUGAAAUUUCAACAAGAAUACUGUCACAGAAGCGAUUCGUUCUGUCACCGCCGGAAAUACCUGUGGCAUUUUCCGCCUUCCUCAGUAUCGACCUUCUCAACGUCAGUGCGAAUCAGGCCAUAAUCUUUGACAACGUCCUCACAAACGAAGGCAACGGUUACCAUUCUCACCACGGUCUCUUUGUCGCACCGCAAAGUGGUCUCUACGUCUUCACCGUCACAAUCAAGCACCCAACACAAUCACUUCCAUCACAUGUUGAUGUUGUCCAUGACAGCAAAGUGAUUGCUCGUCUUCACUGUGAAUCAAAUCAGUACGAACAGUCGUCCCAUUCCUUCAUCGUCAACGUUAAAUUCGGAGAAGAAGUGUACGUCAUCAAUAGAAAUUAUAAUUCUGAACAUUUCGCCGGAUACAUGUCCUCCUCUUUCUCGGGGUUCCUUAUAUGGCAGUCCUAAUCAUAACUUGUAAUAUGUUGAACCUUGAAAUAAUUAAUAAAAAACU